CGGAAAUGGUUGUCGGAUAAAAUUAUACAUCCGGUUCGUUGGGUCCUCACUUCCGCUCACUCGUAGCAACAUCUCAACCAAGACGGGUCAGUGUGGAAAUUGAAAACACUUUUAAGAUUUAUUUAAGUUGAAUCCGACGAGCAGACAGCCAUGUCGAAUCACGAGCCUGUCAACAUGAAGCUGCCUGCAAUCCAGUCCACCGCUGGAGCGGUGCCGAUCCGCAAUGAAAAAGGUGAGAUCUCGAUGGAGAAAGUAAAGGUGAAGAGGUAUGUGUCGGGUAAACGGCCUGACUACGCUCCCAUGGAGUCCUCCGAUGAGGAGGAGGAAGAUUUCCAAUUUGUCAAGAAGGGAAAAGAAAUGGAGCUGGAGAUUAAAGAGGAGGAAGAGGAGGUUUCUGAUCCCCGCCUGAAACGUUUGCUCAAUCGUACCUCUGAGGAUGUGGAGGAAAGACUCGCGAGACAUCGACAGAUUGCUGAGCCAGAAGUUGUGGCAGAGAGCAGUGAAGAAUCUGAUGAAGGGACGUGGCACCCCGAACGAGAAGAGAGUAGUGAUGAGGAAGAAGAGGAGGAAGAAGAAGUGGAUGAUGAGGAAAUUGAACGCCGGCGACAAAUGAUGCGGCUGCGAGCGUUGGAACGAAAGAACGAGGAAAUGGAGGUGAUGGAGGUGGAGGAAGAAGGAAAAUCUGGAGAAGAGUCUGAGUCCGAGUCUGAAUAUGAGGAAUACACAGACAGUGAAGAUGAGGCAGAACCACGACUUAAACCAGUAUUCAUACGAAAAAAGGACAGAGUAACGGUGGCGGAGCGUGAAGCCGAAGAACUGAGGCAGAGAGAACUGGAGGCCGAAGUGAAGCGUCAGCAAGAGGAACGCCGACGUUACACACUCAAGAUCGUGGAGGAGGAGGCCAAGAAAGAGUUUGAGGAGAACCGCCGUAGCCUUGCCGCCCUCGAUGCCCUGGACACUGAUGGUGAGAACGAGGAGGAGGAGUACGAAGCAUGGAAGGUUCGUGAGCUGAAACGUAUCAAGAGGGACAGAGAAUCUCGGGAAGCCAUGGAGAGAGAGAAGGCAGAAAUCGAGCGCUUCAGAAAUAUGACAGAGGAGGAGAGACGGUUGGAGCUGAGAAAUAAUGGCAAACUCAUCACCAAUAAGGCCAUUAAAGGCAAAUACAAGUUCUUGCAGAAGUACUAUCACAGAGGAGCAUUCUUCAUGAACGAAGAGGAGGAUGUGUACAAGAGAGACUUCAGUGCCCCAACUCUGGAGGAUCAUUUCAACAAAACCAUUUUGCCCAAAGUUAUGCAGGUCAAAAACUUUGGACGAUCUGGUCGCACAAAGUACACUCACCUGGUGGACCAGGACACCACCUCGUUCGACUCAGCCUGGGCUCAAGAAAGCGCUCAGAACAGCAAGUUCUUCAAGCAGAAGGCAGCAGGCGUGAGGGACGUGUUUGACCGGCCCACCGUCCAGAAGAGAAAAACCUGAACUGAAACUUGAGAAGAGACUGUUCUCUGCCAGCGUGAUUUCCUGCCAUCAAUAGUUUAACUUAUGAUGCAGCGUUUUUAAUGUCUGAUUUGGUGUUGUAGUAACAUCUUCACUGCGGAAUACGUUUUUAUAAAUCCUUGCAGGUUUUUGGCCACGUUGUACAUAAUUGCGCAAGGCCCUUUUGUUUACCAUGUGAAAGAACAUCAACUUUGACCUCAUUUGAAUGUAAAUAAAAUUUAGU